AUGCACGACGCCUGGGAUACCCGCGAAAGCUGGUCCACGCCCUGGUCGGACUGGGUCACGGACGAUUACACAUACAUCAAGCCAAAUGGCGAGCGGUUCACGGGCGGGGAAACCGCCUGGGAGGCGAGCAAGGCUGAUUACAGCGCGUUCAAGGAGUAUUUCCAUGAGCCGAAGUGGGUGUGUGUUGCGGAGAAGGUGGAUGGGUGGGAGUUUGUCGGCGAGGCCACCCUCUUCAUUGAUCUGACGAAGGAAGGUGAUACUAAGAAAGGCAUAGAUCUGGAUGGCAGGCGUUGGGACUUGGGACUGGGGUGCAUGUUUCGGUUUAAUUUUGUUAAGGAUUGGACUGCUAAGCAUGAUGGGAUUAAGAUUAAGAGCUUCCAGAUCUAUAGCGAUAGUGGGCCCGUCGUGGUGGAGAUGUUGAGGAGGGGGAUUAUGAAGCCGGAGGAUCUUUUGAGUUCAGGGGUUUGA